ACUUCUGGAAAAGUCAUUUACAGACAUUUAGUCCCAACUAAGUGAAAAUAGGAGUAGAGUAGACGACAGAGACACACUUUUUCUCUCUCUCUCUCUCAGUUUGAUCCUUUCUUUGCCAUCAUUUAUUCCACGGUGAUGCGUGUUAUAGUGGCCGUACGUCUUGGACUGUGAUGGACCGCGCAGGGAGCAGAUGAGCAUCGAGAGGUGUGGGCUUGUUUGCAAGAGGGCAUCUGGACGCUUAGGCCUGACAGUGACAUCGGGCCAGGGGCGCCUCAUGUGUGGGGCUUCCUCCUUUGUGUUCUGGUCCCCACUGUCCCCCAUCCUUCCAGUAUCAGUGGGAUGUCCCAGGUGUGUCUCCUCUUGGCCCUGCUCAUGCUCUGCAGCUCUACAAAGGUGUCUUCUACCACGUCCCUGGAGCUUCUGAAGGAGCGGUGGAGCAGCUACAGGAAUCAGUGUUUGGACUUCUUAAACUCCACACCCCCUGCUAUAGGGGUGGUGUGUAACAGGACCUUUGACCAGUAUGUCUGCUGGCCUGAUGGACUCCCUGGAACCACAGUCAAUGUGUCCUGUCCCUGGUUUUUGCCUUGGCAUCAUAAAGUCCAGCAGGGUUUGGUCUACAGAUUCUGCAGUAAAGAUGGUAGAUGGGUACAAAAAAAUACCAGCGAGUGUGAGGACGACUCUGGCCAGCAGCAGUAUGGCCGCAUCCUCAGCCAGUUUCGGAUCAUGUACACUGUGGGAUACUCGCUCUCUCUGGGAGCUCUGCUACUGGCAUUGGGAAUCCUCAUCACUUUCAGGAAGCUGCACUGCAUGAGGAACAACAUCCACAUGAACUUGUUUGCCUCCUUCAUCCUGAGAGCCGUGUCCAUUCUGGUCAAAGACGCCCUGCUGACCCUCACACUGGACCCCAGGAACAGCGGUGACUCUCGGGCUCAAACCUGGAUCAACAUACCGGCUGCCAUUUGGUGUCGGGGUGCCGUGGUGAUGAUGCAGUACACCGUGAUGGCCAACAACUAUUGGCUGCUGGUGGAGGGCAUCUACCUGCACAGCCUGCUCGUCAUCACCGUGUUUAGUGAGAAGAAGUACUUCUACAUUUACCUGGCCAUUGGGUGGGGUGCGCCCCUUAUCUUCGUUUCACCAUGGAUCACAGUGAAGUACCUCUAUGAAAAUGAAGAGUGCUGGGAGAGAAAUAUUAACAUGGGAUACUGGUGGAUCAUUCGUUCGCCAAUACUGGUUGCUUACCUCAUCAAUUUUUUCAUUUUCAUUCGAAUCAUCAAAAUCCUGAUGUCUAAACUGAGAGCUCACCAGAUGAGAUACACGGACUACAAGUUCAGAUUAGCAAAGUCGACCCUCACUCUCAUCCCUCUGCUGGGGAUUCACGCCAUUCUCUUCACUUUUGUCAUUGACGAGUCCGUCCCAAAAGGUUCAAUGCUGCGCCUGAUCCGACUUUUCUGUGACCUCCUGUUCAACUCCUUUCAGGGCUUGCUGGUUGCCAUCUUGUACUGCUUUGUCAACAAAGAGGUGCAGUCAGAGAUGCUCAAAAAGUGGAAGAGGUGGAAGCUGGGUAAGGACAUCGACGAGGAGUACCGUCACACCCACAGCCAGACGCCGCACUUGAAAAGCGGCAGCAUUGCCACGGGCAAUAUACCCGAUCUCCAUGACAAUAACACCAGUGACCCCAGCGGCGGCUCUCUGGGGACACUUCAACUCAACAAAGCUGACAAAGGCCCGUCCUGCUCCACGGCACCGGAAGAGAACCGCCGACUGGUCGUCUCCUACAGCAACGGCAUGGGGGAAAUCCGGCCCUCGUGCGGCAAACACGCGUUCCAUUUCUCCUUCUACUCAAAGCGAGGUGCCGCCAACCACGCCAACACCGCCAUGGAAGAUGUGUGUCUGGAAGAGAAGGCACAGGAAGGGGAGGAAACUACCAUCUGAUGUGUUGGGAGCGAUGGUUUUACAACAGACAAGGACCAUUUCAAAGACUUAAGACAUCUAGAAUGAUCAAACAUGAGGAUUAAAUGAAAGUUAUGUACCGUAUUUUUAGGACCAUAGGGCACACCGGAGUAUAAGGCGCAUUAAAGGGGUCAUACCGUAUUUCCUUGAAUUGGCGCAGGGAAUAUAGUAUUCGCACGUCUAGAAUUACUGCCGGGUCAAACUCGUUUCUCAAAAUAAUUAACGCAUGCUUGGCCUUAUCGCUGGUUCAUUAUUAACGCCGGAUCAAAUUCGUUUCGCAAAAUAAUAAUUUUAUUAUCGCAUGUCUAUAAUUUUCGCCGGGUCAAACUCGUUUCGCAAGAUAUUUAGCAUAUGUCUAGAACUUCCGCCGGGUCAAAUUCGUUACGUCACGAGUGACGAUUUACCUGUCCUCAUUUUCAAAAUGGAGGAAGCUGAUUUCAGUAGUUUGCAAUCGCACAAAGGAAAAAAGAUAAAGAGCUAUUCAGUAGGAUUUAAGGUCCAAGCUAUUGAAUACUGGUACGGUAUGCUAAAAAGAACAGUAAGCAGCUAUGUUUUAUUAAUAUACCGUAGCUGCGUGUAUCAAAUACGGUAUGAGUCAUUAAAUGACUCCCGCCUCCUGGUGGUAGAGGGCGCUAGUGAUCCUUCUUGCGACUUCCGGUACUGCAGAAGAAGUGACAACACGCAGCAACAGAUCGUCUCUUUGUUUCCUCUUGCCUGAACUUUUAACAUGGAGGAUUACAUACCGUAUCUAAAAUAAAACAGUUUUCUAAACUGGACUUUCAAUCGAAGCAGGAGGUAAUAAUUAAUGGAAUAUCUCCAUCGAGACAGAGAGACUUUCAAAACCGAAGAAAGAAAAUAAGGAAGACUUCUAUAAACAAGUUAUCGAUGCUUUUGGUCAGAAGGAGCUGCAAAUGGACUCCAUUUAUAAGUACAGGUAAGACCAUAAUAACGUUUUUUUUUAUUAAAUGUUCUUUUCAUGAUGGUAUGCUUACAUCACACUCAAAGCGCACGCCUAAAUUUACCGCAUUCCUUUUGGUAAACGCCGGAGUGAGAAGAGGUUUUAAAAUAAUUAGCGAAUGCACGGCCGUCCCGCAGGCUUCCGGUAAACGCCGGAGUGACAGAGGGUUUUAAAUUAAUUAGCGCCCCUGCGGCUAUUCAAGGAAAUACGGUAUGUGUUUUUUCUACAUUUAAAACACUUCCUUGUGGUCUACAUCAGUGUUUUUCAACCUUUUUUGAGCCAAGGCGCAUUUUUUUUUUAUUGAAAAAAUCCAGAGGCACACCACCAGCAAGAAAUGAAACUCAGUAGACACUAAAAAGUCGUCGUCGCAAUUGUUGGAUAUGACUUCAAACCAUAACCAACCAUGCAUCACUAUAGCUCUUGUUUCAAAGUAGGUGUACUGUCACCACCUGUCACAUCUUGCCGUGACUUAUUUGGAGUUUUUUGGUUGUGCCCCUGUGCGUAGUGUUUUAGUUCUUGUCUUGCGCUCCUAUUUUGGUAGCUUUUCCUGUUUUUUGGUAUUUUCCUGUUGCAGUUUCAUGUCUUUCUUUGAGCGCUAUUCCCCGCACCUGCUUUGUUUUAGCAAUCAAGAAUAUUUAAGCUGUUGCUAUCUUUUUUUGUGUGGACAUCGUAGAUUGUCAUGUCAUGUACGGAUGUACUUUGUGGACGCCGUCUGCUGCUCCCACACGCUAUAAGUCUUUGCUGUCGUCCAGCAUUCUGUUUUUGUUUACUGUGUCGCCAGUUCAGUUUUAGUUUUGUUUUGCAUAAGCCACCCCUAAGCUUUAAUGCCUUUUCUUAGGGUCACUCACCUUUUGUUUAUUUUUGGUUUAAGCAUUAGACACCUUUUUACCUGCUCGCUGCCUCCCGUUGUCGCCUGCAUAUUGUGAUCAUGACAAACCAUCGUCGUCUCACACGACGUGUUCCCGACAUCUAAAAGCAAUUAGCUACCAGCUGCCACCUACUGAUAUGGAAGAGUAUUACAUGGUUACUCUGCCGAGCUCUAGACAACACCGACACUCAACAAUGGCACAUUAUUUGCAGAUUAUAAUUACUGGUUUGCAAAAAAUAUUUUGAACCCAAUUAGGUGAAAUUACAUAAUGUGCCGCGGCACAGUGGUUGAAAAACACUGGUCUACAUAACAUGUAAUGGUGGUUCUUUGGUCAAAAUGUUACAUAGAUUAUGUUUUACAGACCAUCUUCAAGCCGCUUUCUGACAGUUUUGUCGGCGGUUUUAUUUACGUGGCUCCAGUCCAACAGCGUCUUCUCCCCGUCAUCUUUGUUGUACCAUAGUUUUUAUUCUACAAGUUAGAACUGUACGCUACUUUAAAUUAGAAAUGGCAACAGCGAUGAAUGCAUACUUCACAGCAGGAGGUGGAGAAAAAGGUGGAUUUUAUGGACUACAUCGUCGGACUACAGCGGCAGACCCGCGCAAAGCACUUUGGGUAAACCUUUACCAUAUAUGGAUAAUCCGCUGACGUCAAUUAAACAGGCAUCAUCCUGUAGUCCACACGUAUAUUUUAUGUGUGACUGCCAUCUACUGGUCACACUUACCGUUGCACCAUGUACCAAAUAAAAGUGUUUCAAGGUCGGUAAGCACAACCAGAAUGAAGACGCAAUGUCGAUUUUUGAGAAAAUGAAAUGAUUUUAAGUGCGCCUUAUAGUAAGGAAAAAUAUGGUACUGUACAGUGUUUGAGUGUGUUUGUGUCAGUGUACUUAUGUUGUUGGGGUUAUGCUCGUGUGUCUACUUGCUGCAAUGGAUGCACAUUUGUGGUACUCUUCAAAUUAAUCCUCCCAGUAUCUUUGUAUUUUGUACUGUUUCUUGUAUUAUAGAAUUUAAUGUGAGCAUCACUUAAAGGGGAACUGCAAUUUUUGGGGAAUUUUGCCUAUCGUUCACAAUCAUUAUGAAAGACGUGAUGAUGGACGUUAUUUGUAUUGCAUUCUAAAUAUUAUGUAAAUGCGAUCAACAUUUUUCUUACAAUGGAGCUUAUGGGAGCUGUGCAAUUCCACAUACAAAGCCCUUAAAAAAAAUCCAAAUACCUCCAAUAAGGUUUUAUAUACAUUAUGUAAGUAUAUAUGUAAUGUAGUAACAGGCACAUUUUUAUUAACAUUUAAUAUUUACGUAUUUUGAUCAUUUUAAGCAUAUGCGGCGCAUUAAUUUAAAAAACGCAUCACAUUUGCUUUUUUUUUUCUUCAUCACUGAUUAUUACUCACUGCAGACUUUGAGAGCCAACAAGCAUACUAAAACAUCACUUACUGUGCAAAGUCUGCUGUCAUUAGGAUGCCGACUGCUAGGAUGUGCAUGUAUUUCCAUUUAAGUGAAGAACAUCUCAUAAUCCCCGCGAAGAAACAGGGUCGGGGGACGGUGGGGACCGAGCGUCUUUUCCUGUCGUUCUGGACAUUUUCGGGUCUUAAAUGGCUGUCAAAGUGUGCCAACUUGUCGGAAUACCUACUCAGACUUCUUCUGUGCAGGUGAGAUGCAUGAUUUAUGAUCUACAAUAAACUUACAGGGAGCAAUGAAGCAAGGAAGCAGCAGACCACUUGAUGAUGUAAACGUAGGCACACACAGUAGUGAUCACGUCGCCGCUAUAAAUAGUUUGUCUGCGUUAGCGCUUAUAAUAACAAAAUCACUAAUACUUGGUUAAUAUGCAUAUCAUAAAAUGUAACUGGAGUAUUGUUGGCUGUUUUUAAUGGUUAUUUAUUGGCGAAAUAGUGGAGCUCCCAUUUAUUUACGUUUCUUUGAUAUAUAGAAUGCAUUUUUUUAAAAAAUCUAUCCAUCGUCAUGUCUUUCAUAAUGAUUGUGAACGACAGGCGAAAUUCCCCAAAAAAGUGUGGUACCCCUUUAAAAGUGUCUCCAACGUAUUGAACCAUGACGACCAUAAAGCCGUGCUGUGAUGCUGGACCACGCUUGCUGUAUGUCUAAUGCGUUGUGGUUUGAAGUGACCUAAGCCAAAAGAGAAAACAAUGUAAUGGAAUGUUUGUGUGUUCAAGUAAUUAUUGAACUAACCCAUGCACAUGGGUCUUGUUUCUUUCCAUGUUUUAUACAACAAGCUUCUCGUUUUCAUCAAAUGCGAAUGUAUGUCAAAAUAUACAGUACGUGUAAUUAUGUUGGAAUCCUGACAUUUUACAAGGACUUGAACUCAAAUGAAAUGUGUGUACUGGAUACCACAUCUGUGAGAUUUAACAUGUGUACAUGGUAUAGCUGAAAAGCUAACAAGCUUUAAAGCAGCAUCAUCAUGCCAUCAUUUUCGAAGCCCACAGUUAUGUUCGGUGGAGUUGUGUGCACUUUGAUGAAAGUCCUUACAAAAGGAGUUUUCAGAAGGUCAUACAUUCUGUAACGUGCUGCAUACGCAGU